CAGCGGAAAUAUAAACUGACCUGGGCGAACGUUCCUGUACAGAAAACGCCGGUUCCGUUCCGAGUAAACUCUCCAUCCUGAGUGCAGCGCGUCCUCAUGGCUAACGUGGACACAGAGACCGUGUGGGAGAGACACGCCGCUCGGAGGACCUUUCCUCAUCUCGCGCGCACGAAGGUGUGCCGCAGUCUGUUCGGAGCUGUAGAUCAUGAAGAGCUGAACUGCGAGAUGAAGCGGAGACUGCAGGAACUCUCGGAGCGGGACCAGAGCCGCUGGAACUUUAACUUCGAGCAGGACGUGCCGUUGCCUGGAAAUUACGAGUGGGAGGAAAUAGCAGUCAGCACCGUGCCAGCUUUCUAUCAGGAGUCGGUGCGCAACGGGAAAGCGCGCGCUGGGAACGUCAGAGACACCGAGUCCGGCACCGAGUGUGGAUGUAAACAUGAAGAACAGACUUCUGCUGAAGCUCCGAGUCCAUCUGCAGAGCUGAACCAGGAGAACCGCUCCGGAGCGCGGAACGCCCGAGAACAUGGCACCGCUGUGUGCCGGAGAAGGAAGACCUCUGUGCCAAAUAACAUUACGCACAUUACAGACUUCUUCCCCAGGAGAAAACGGAGCUGUGACUCGAAGCAGACAGAACGCACAUCCCAGUCCAGCUCCUCCAUCCCUGCUGAAGUUACUCCACGCAAAAGAAUCAGAUGAUGCUUUGCACUGAGAAAUGCAGAAGUCCUGUGUUUUAUCUGCUGAGCGGAUGAAGGACACAUCCAGGACGAACUGAAGCCUUUUUCUUUUUAAAAAUUUUCUCUCUGAUCAAUGUAGCAAUACUGGCUCUAUACAAGAACAGACUUGUGGUUGCAGUGUUACAAUGUCUGAACGGUGCAAUUAUUAUUAUUAUUAUUAUUAUUAUUAUUAUUAUUAUUAUUAUUAUUAUUUCUCCUUGACGUUUUGUUUUAAACUUUAUAUUGUAGGCCACAUUGUCUCCUAUAGAAUUUAGCAUCUGAUUUUUUUUUUGUUUACUUGUGGAAGAAUAUACUACUAACUUAUGUUUUAUUUAUGAUCCAUGAUAGUGUCACGCUUUUAUUUACAGUUAUUGUUUAUUUACUGCAAUAUUUUUGAUGUUUUAUUUAAGUUUGUUGUAUGACGUCACGAUGCAAAUAAUGUUUCUGAGCCUCUUCUUUAAUAUAUAUGUAUAUACAGUCCUA